AUAAGUAGCGUGCGUGAGUGUCUGAAGCAGCGUGUACGUUCGCUCACGCAGUCUUUCCUGUUUGUUCCGCGCGGCGCGGCGCCGAGCCAGUGAGCAACGUGACGCCGAACCGAGCAUCUCGUCGCGUUCAAAUCUUCUUCCGUGAUUCUCUUCUCUCUCUCUCUUUAUCCUGACUGAAGAUUCGCUUGCGGAACGAAUCAAAAUCCACCGAGACGUGAAAUUGAAAGAAACGUAUCGUAUAGAGUGAAGAAAGCCGCGAAGAAGUGUCUGCAAAUGGCAAGAAGCCUGAUCGUAGGCACAGGUACGAGGGAGCUGCUUUGAUGUGACGAUAAACCGUGCAGAGAAGUUUGAAAGAAAGAAGAAAUAUGAAGAUUCUGGGGCUGAGCUUUGCACCGUUGAACGUCCCGUUGAAAAGACGGCUGGAAACUCUCUCUGCUUCGAUAUGGAUCGUUAUAUUGGGCUUUGGAGAUUUGAUCGGAUACGGGAUUGCCGCGUACAUACUCUUCUAUACGGAAUACUUACGCUAUCUCAUGCCGCUCUACUUCCUCUGGAUGUAUUAUGACUGGGACACGUGCAAUCGAGGCGGCAGAAGCGAUCGCGGUACAAGAUGGCUAAGGAGUUCCGCGUGGUUACGUUACUUCUGCAACUAUUUCCCAGUGAAACUAGUGAAAACGACCGACUUAGAUCCAAAUAGGCUAUAUCUGUUCUGCAGUUUUCCACACGGAAUUCUGGCCACAGGAGUUUUCUGUUCCUUCGGAUCGGAAUGCCUGGGCUGCAGAGAGAAGUUCCCAGGUAUGGACAUGAGACCUGUGGUACUGGAUCAACAUUUCAGGGUCCCGUUUUUCCGCGAAUACGCUUACUCGAAUGGCUGUGUGAGCAGCAGCGCGGAGAGUUUGCACUAUCUCUUAUCAACGAAGCCACCCGCGCCUUACACAGGAAGAGCAACGAUUCUGAUCAUCGGUGGAGCGUCGGAAUCAUUGGAAUGUAAGCCGGGCACUUAUCGUAUCCUGGUAAAAAGGAGAAAAGGCUUCAUAAAGAUCGCGCUGAAGCAUGGCACACCCUUGGUACCUGUAUUUUCCUUCGGAGAAACCGAAGUGUACGAUCAAGUGUACGCACCAGAAGGCUCGCUCCUGAAAAGAGUGCAGCACACUAUUCGUAAGAAAGUUGGAUUGGCACCGAUUAUUCUGAAGGGGCGAGGAUUCUUCCAGUAUUCGUUUGGAAUCAUCCCUCAGAGGAGGCCUAUCUAUGUCGUUGUCGGUAGCCCUAUGGAGUUACCAAAGAUAGAGGAGCCAACAGCCGAGCAAAUUACAAAGUACCACGAGGAGUUCAUCGAGAAAUUGAUAGAGGUUUUCGAGGCGCACAAGCACAAGUACAUCGAGAACGCGGAUUCGGUGAAACUCGAAUUGAUGUGAUAUGCGUCACCGAGCGAUAAUAAUUAAUACUCCUAGUAGAUUCUGAAAGCUGUGAAUCAAGGACUAAACAAGUUACAUAAGAAUAGAAUGAAUUACGUUCCGUGUGAUUUUUAAGGAGUACGUGAGUAGCCGUCGAGUGAAAAAUGAGCGUGCCACAUUUUCAGCGAUACGUUAUUUUAGUCAAUUUUGUCAAUUACCAUAGGAAGUUUCCAUUGGAGAAGAACCAAUAGGGUUGAGGUGUAUCGUAUGUAAUUAUAGUUUAUCGACAUUCUUUAGCUUGUAGUCUAUACGAUAAGGGAUAAUAAUGGGAAGAGGGUGAAGGCCUUA